GAAUCUUUAGGACCAGACCAGACUGCCUUUUGUAAUUUUGCCUUUUAUUUUGUCAACAAAAAAGGCCCCAUUGAACGUAUAAAUUACAAAAUAAAACAAAAGCAACUGUUUUAUUUUGUUUCAGUUAUUUGUGCUCGCGAAAACCCUACACACUCCGAUCUCCAUUUGCUUCAACUUCUUUGUUGAUUUCUGAAGGCAGAUAGAUACGUUCUGUUCGGACUCCGAAGAGACCAUUUACACAGGCCAAAUAAUCGUUAAAUAUGUCAUUUGCGUUGACACCUUCAAAGAGACCCCAUGAUCGGAGCUCAUGGGAGCUUAAUGGAAAGGGGAAAUGGCAAAAGUCCGCAAAUUUUAGUCUGCAGUCUCAAGCGCUGAAAAUUUCCCCUCGUAGCACUGUAUUUCGUGUUCUAUGUCCUGCUUCGAAGACUGGCGGUGUGAUUGGGAAAGGUGGCAAUGUUAUAUCACAGAUACGCCAAGAAACUGGUGCGAAGGUCAGAGUUGAGGAAACAGUUCCUGGAUGUGAUGAACGAGUAAUUUCUAUUGCAGGCUCUGAUAAAGAGACAGAAGCUAGUAAUGAGCAAAACAAGGAGGGUGGUGAAGAUAGUAAUAAUAAUAUCACUGAAGAGAGUGAUGAGGCUGAGGAACAUGAGGAAAACAGUGGAGAUAAGGAAUCUUCUCCAGCUGCAGAUUCACAGACUGGAAAAGCAACUUCAUCUGUGCAGAAGGCCUUGUUACUCGUUUUUGAAACAAUGGUCGAAGGAGAACCUGAUGAGUGUGAUGAAGGUGAUGAAGGUGAUGAAGGUGAUGAAGAAAGUAAGGAGCCAUCUUGCUUUGUUGUCAGGCUACUUGUGCUUUCUAGCCAAGUUGGCUGCAUUCUGGGGAAAGGUGGAAGUGUAAUCAAGCAAAUAGCAGCAGAGAGUGGUGCACAGAUCCGAAUUCUUCCUAGAGACAAACUUCCUUUAUGUGCAUCACAAGCUGAUGAACUAGUUCAGCUGACAGGGGGAUUGGAUGCAGUUAGGAAGGCUCUUCAAUGUGUUUCUCAACAGCUUUUGGAGAAUCCACCACGUGAUCGUGAUUCUUUUCCUGCAAGAAGGCCUACUGGGCCAUCAUCUAAUCCAUUUGGUCCCCCUUUUCCUAAAUCAGAAGCAUAUCCCCCACCAGCCUUUCGUUUCCCUGCUCAAGGACCAUAUGCUGCCGGGCCCCUUGAUGGCGUUGAUUAUGCUUCACCUUUUCCACCAUCAAUUCCUAAAUUCCAUGACAAUUUUAUCCCAGGAGGAAUGAAACCUUCUCAGGAAAUCUUAAUCUUUAGGUUAUUGUGUCACAAUGAGAAGGUUGGUGGUGUAAUAGGGAAGGGGGGAACUAUAAUUAAGACACUUAAACUUGAAACAGGCUGUGAUGUUAAAAUUCUUGAAGGAGUUCCUGAUUCAGAUGAUCGAAUCAUUGUGAUAUCUGGUCCGGCGAUUCCGGAUGAAAGGAUAUCUGCUGCACAAGAUGCAGUUCUACGAGUCCAGGCUAGGUUAGUUAGGGCUGUGCCAGAUAAGAAGGAGAAAAUCGUCUUAGCUCAGCUUCUCGUCUCCUCCAGUCAGAUUGGUUGCCUUCUUGGCAAGGGUGGCUCCAUUAUAGCCGAAAUGAGGAAGGCAUCUGGGGCUCAGAUUCGUAUAUUAGGGAAGGAUCAGAUUCCCAAGUGUGCUUCAGAAAACGAAGAAGUUGUUCAGAUAACGGGGGAAUUUGAAGCAGUUCAAGAGGCUCUUCUGCAGAUAACUAGUAGGCUGAAGCAUCAUUUGUUUCGUGAUGCAUUUUCUUCUAUCAACCAUCCUUCACAUCCUGCCUUUCCGGAUCAAGCACCUUCAUUUCCUUCAUAUGUGGGAAGGAGGGAACUCUCACCUUCAGGAAUGUUUCCUAAUUUGGGCCCAUCAUUUCACAAGUUUGAACAUGUUGGUGGCUUGCCUCAUCAUGGUCGAAUUCAUCCUCAUGAUGAGCGAUCUGCUUUUGUUCACAGUAUUCAUAGGCCAGGCAUCCCCCCUCAUAGUUCUGAACGACUACCUUCUUCAGCGCCGUGGGGACCUCAGGCACGGACUGAUGGUGGUGGUCCUGUGGGCGUUUCUGAGUACCCUGGAGGCCCCCAAAGAAGAACUGGGGUUCAUGGAGGUGGAAGCCAACCAGCCAUUAUCACAAACACCACUAUGGAAGUUGUUGUACCUCGAUCUCUUGUUCCUUCAAUUUAUGGAGAGGAUGGAGGCUGUUUAAAACAAAUACGACAGAUAUCUGGAGCAAAUAUUACUAUCACUGAACCCAGACCUGGAGACACGGAGACUGUAAUUAUAAUAUCUGGAGCACCUGACCAGACUCAUGCUGCACAAAGUCUUCUUCAAGCAUUUGUGAUGAGCGGAGCAGAUUCUUCUUGAGAUUCCUCAACAUUUGGCUGCCCUGUUUCAUGAUAAAGCUACACUUGGCUUGGUGCUCCUGGUAAUGAAUAUAGGUUAUGUGAACUUUUAACUUUUUUCGCAGUGGCUUUGCUCCUCAUGAUAUCUUUCUACUGUCAAUACUUUAAAAUAAAAUAAUUGUACAUGUAUAAGGAAAAGUCGUAUAUCCCCACACUAUUUGAGAGUACUGCUUUUCUCUGAAAAUCGUAGUACUUGCAUCAAUUUUUGGAGUAGAAAAUGCACCCUUCCCUGGGUACAUGGUCUCAACACUCAAUGUUGUUCAAAACCCUAGAGCAGAUUAUGAUUUUGCUAGAUUUCUGAAAUAUUUCUCAGAAAGCCAGGCUCGAUGGGGUCUCACCCCUAGACAUUUGAAUUAACAUUUAAUUCCACUAUGGUGUUAACAGUAUAUAUAUAUAUAUAUAUAUACACUAGAGUGGUUAAUUGUUAAACUUUGUCUACUAUUAUAUAUAUAUAUAUAUAUAUAUAUACAUACUAGAGUGGUUAAUUGUAAAACUUUGUCUACUAUUUUUGUAAUUGUGAUAUACUAUAAAAUAGGAUGAACUAUGGUGUACUAAUGCCUAGGGCAGCAAAGUGGAUACUUCAAGGGCUAAUUAUAAUAUUAUAUGCUCACGUUAUUACAAACAGGGGGCAGAAUAAGAUAUUUGAUAGGCGGUAAUUUGGUAGAGCUAAAUUAGGGUUGAGAUAUAUAACUUACAAUUGUAGUAUGGGAUAAAAAUGAAAGAACUGAUCAACAUUUAUUAGUAGUUCUGUAACAAUAGCUUGUAUGCAUUCAGAUGUCAAAUGUUAAGAUACAGUUUUUAUAUGUUUUUUUUUUUUGAAGGGAUGUGUGUGACGUCAAUUGAUUCACAACAGAAAAGUAAUAUAACAGAGGGCCAUGAGGUCCGUAAUCCAGUGGAAGUCUCACCUUUACAGCGUCUUGGGAGCCUGAACAUUUACCAUUGCCCCUUACAGAAAAUUAAAUAUCAAUCUAUAAAAUUUUCAGAUAUGGACUUGGAAAAACCAAGAAAGUAGCACUAGCACAGAGAGAGACCUGAGAAUGGAGGUCUUUAUGUCUGGGACUCUAUCACACCAAUUAAAUUCUAACUUUUUGAUGAAAUUUUUCUUCGGGCCAUGGGAUGUUAACAUAAUGAUACCGAAGCAUCUAUACAAGGAAUUUGGUGGCUUGAUCCUUGAUCCUUAUUUCUCAGCUGUUAGAUUAGGAUUUCCAGCAGAGAGGGUACUGCAUUAUGAUGCAUUGGGCUUUUGUUGUAAGGGCUUUCAUUGUAUUUUGCUGAAUUAUUAAACAUUAUACCCAUAUCUGGGGUCUAAAGGGGAGUAUGGAAUGAAUUUUAAUCAGUAAUAUUGUGGGGCCCAGAUGUAGAGUAUAUAGAUUUUCUGGACAUGGUACAGUUUUAAAUAGUCUAAUGAGAUCAGACUUCUCUCAUUAUGUGUGGGAGGUGACUGGUUAGUUUUUCAUUGUUAUAGGUUGCUUGAAAUGUUGUAAUCUGGUGGUCAAAAGGGAGUCAAAAUUGUCUCCAUAAGCAGAGUUGCAACUCAUUGAAAUUUAGAGUGAUUUUUGGUGAUGGAAUAGAAUUUUAUGGUCUUGGUGUGAGAGAUAGUCUAUUAUCCUAUGGGUUGAUUGAUGGUGCAGGACAGGUUUGGGAGAUCUAAUACAAGUCUAAGGAUUAAGUGAAUUGGGUUUGGGAAGGUGAUGCAGGAGCAUUUCCUUGGACCGCACUGAACCUGUUUGAGAACUCCGACCGAGAACUGGGUCCAAUUUGGGUUUUGGUAUGGUAGGAUAUUUUAGGAUUUUAUUAUAUUCUUGGGAUCUUUUGUAAUUGUUAAUUGUGAGUUUUAGUUAGAGUUAGAUACGUAGGAUUUCAGGUUUCCUAAUUGCUUUAAUUUCCUUACUGAGUUAGUUUCAUAGUUGAGAAUUAGUUCUUAUUUUUAGGAGUCUUUUAUUUCUCUUUAAAUAGGCUUGUAAUCCCCAUAGUGGGAUUCGAUUUGAGAAUGAACUGAAGUUGACUUUGUGUGGUGUGAGCCUGUGUGUGUGUGAGUCCAACCCCUUCUCUUCUCUUCUCUUCCCUUUCUUCCCUCCCUGUGCGAGAGUUCCCUACUUCUUCCCAUUGUUCUGCACUACAGCAGUACCUUCCUUUAUCUUUAUCUUUUCCUUUCUAUUUCAGUUCUUUAGAACUUGUUAGAGUGCUCUGUUUUCUUUUGGCGACUUAACGGUCCUCACUGUUUGGGCUUGACCUUACUCACCUCUCGUCCUUUCCUUCUGAAAAUUUGCAUGAGGGGUCCAUGGCUUAUAUGGCAGAGAAGAACACAUCCAGUUUCAAUCCAGAUCUUGUGACCUCCUCGUGGGUGAUUUUUAGAGGUUUUAUUUCUUCUAUGUAACCCACUUUAUGAUCUGUAGUCGAUGGAUUUCAGAGGGAUAUGGGUUGUGACCCUUCAGCUGGAAACUUUCCUUGAAAGGGCUUGUAUCUUGUGAGUUCUCUCUCCCUAAAUCGAACCUCUUCUCUGCUGGUUGCUGAUUUUUAGUAUCGUGAGGACAUGAGCUUGAAGACGAUGCCCUUCCUUUCUUUCCGCUCCGCAAUAUGCUUGUUUUUGGCAUUAAUUUGCUUUGGGCAAGGGAAUGCUACCCUGUUGGUGCAGGUGCAGGUGCAGGUGCAGGUGCAGGUGCAGGUGCAGGUACAUGCCAGCGCAUGGGCCAAUGUGAGGGCGUGCGGGAGCAUCUUCAGCGCAGGGGCAGCACGGUCUUACUGCACUCGCUGUCUAGGCACACACCUGCGCCAGCUUUUUUCAUUUACUUUUGUACGUCCAUUGUUCCCAUCAAGACUACCCUUCCUCUCUUUUGUUUUAAUUGCUUUAUGCCUCUAUUUCUUUGCCAUCGAAAUUACCACUCCUGCUCACCUUUAUUACUCAUUGCCCACCCUUUUGAUUCACUUCCGAGUCUAACCGUACAAUCGUACAUAAUAAAUACUUGUUUAGUCUAUCAAGUGACCUUCCCUUUUUGGUUAAUUACAGCCAUGCCACUCCCCCUUUCAGAUAUUUACAGUUCUGCCACUUAAUUCUUGAGUUGAGCUAUUUAGUGAUUGGGUGGGCAUUAGUGAACCCAAUAGGGUUUUGUGACCAGGGUUCUGCAUCAGGAGUCAUACUAACAUAAAACUCAAAAUACAGUCUUUUAAACUCCAAAAUCAGAAAAAGAGGGACAAUUCCUUAAUGACUACUUUUUCCAGCGAUAAUUACUUCUCUAGCAAUAAAUUUCUAGUAGAGGAAAUAUCACUCCCCUCCCCUGUGCUUAGUCGUAAUAUCACUUUCCCCCUAGCUAGUUUGAAAAAUAUCACUCCCCUCCCCCUAAUCUGAAAGAUUCUAUCUAUCGUCUCUGUCCGUGAGAAAGGGCUGUUAAGUGAUGACAUCAUCAGUACUCUAUGCUUUGUAAUACCCAAACUACCCUUAAAGACAUGUAUUAUCAAAUCUAACCUCAUUAGAGGAAUAAGGAAAUGAGUUCAAAACGAAGUUCAGCAAACCUUUUUUCGUGAGUUUCGGUUAAACUGAAACCUAUAACCUUCCCCAUUGGUGUUGCCCAGCGUUCCAUUGAAGCUAGGAGUUGGGUUGAAGCUCUUCCAACCUGAACCCAACCGAAGCCCUCUCGUUUCGUGUUGACAGAGAUCAAUAAACAAGUUAAUUUCAAGGGCUUCAAUCUUGGUAAUGCGCUUCUUCGAUCUGAUUCUCCCCCCAAAUUGCUUCGAUCCUCUGGUUCUGCAGCUCCAGAUUAUUUCAAUCAUCAAGUUAUUCUGCAACAAAAUUCUUCCUGAGUUGCAGACCUUGUUUUGUUCAGGAAGCAUAUGGUGAGACCGUAUCUCUCUUCCCUUCUGUAAAUUUCGUGCUUCCUUUGCCGUAAAUAUUCGUCUGAAUCCUCCGUUCCUUGCCUCGAAUAUUCCCCAGGAACUCAAAAUCCAAUUCUUUAAGGUUUGUCUCAAAUAUAUCUCCAUUUGACAUUUAAAGCAAACCCAGUAGUGAAAUCAGAAAAACCCAGGAAAAAAAAAUAUGAUCCGAGUCUGAAUUGAUCGACCAAAAACUCACAUAAAACACGAAGACAACACCAGCUGUGUAAUCUGCCGGUAGCUUAAUCGAAGCACUAAAGAACCCAUGCAAGUAAAUGAGUAAUGGUCCUGAGAGACAAACCCAGCACCUGUUUUUUCCCAAAGAAAUCAGAAAUAGAAAAAAACCCAAAAAAUAGAGGAAUAGAGCAGAGCUGUGUAAGCAACAGAGAAGACAAGCGACCUCAUCUUUCAUUUAGUGGCAUAUGAAGAGUUUUGCCAUUCUUUAAUAUCGUGAGAUUAUCAUCCCCAAACAAAUGAGAAUACCCUUCAUCGGAAGACAAGAUGGGUACGUUCUGAUUCUUAGGAGUUGCAGAAGUCAAAACCAGCACAGAAAAUACCAUAACAAAUUCAGAGGGGUUAUGGGGUACGGCACCUUGCCAAGGCACCCCAACAACCGAACUGGCACUCUUAAGUGGUGAGGAUGACGGGUGACCCUUUCCGAUCUAUUUUCACCUUUCUCAGAAACAAUUCAUCAGUUGGUAAAGAGAUAUGAAGAUGAGAAAUGGCCAUUUUAUUGAUAGAUACAGUCCGUCCAUCCCCUCUACCAUGAGGUGGGUUUUGGAUUUUCGAUUUCAAAGAACAAUUAGGCUCUGUUUUAAGUCAGGUGCUUGCUUCCUUCUUCUUCAGCGUCUGCAAUCACCAAUGGAGUGAAAUGGAAGGCAUCUUCCUUUGUUUUAGUGAAAAGGUAGAAGUGUCAAUUCACUAUCCUUGAAGGGUAGUUUGGGUAUUAUGAAGCAUGGGGUACUGAUGAUGUCAUCACUUAACAGCCCUUUCCCACGGAUAGGGAUGACAGAUAGAAUCUUUCAGAUUAAGGGGAGCCGGGGAGGGAAAUGAUAUUUUCAAACUUGGUAUGGGAAAGUGAUAUUACGAGUAAAUAUUGGGGAGGGGAGUGAUAUUUCCUCUUUCUAAUAAAUACCCCAAUUGGCAUUACAACAUUAGUACAUAACAGUUUUGACCCCAAAGAAAAUAAAAUAAAACAAACUACAAGUAAAUGAAAUAUGCAGCCACAGUAGUUAGUAAGGGACAUCUAUCCACGGUAAGGUGAUGUGUGGCUGUGUACGUCUGUGUUCUCUGGUAUGCCCUAAAAACCUGAUUGAUGUCCUCAUCAGUUGGUAAACCAGUGAUCUGUUUAGGCGUAAACAUAUCUUUUCUCCCUUUCCUUCUUCUAUUACUCUUCCUCUGUUGAUGUUAUUUCGUCUCUCUUAUGGAUUCACUGAUCUGAUUAUGAUGAUAGGUCUGAACUCUCUGUCUGGGAUCCAUCCUAGAUCUGUUUCCACCCCAUCUCUCUUUGUUUCUUGGCUCAUUACAGCAGGCUAUUUAAGGUCUGUUAACUUGUCUGCAUGACACAAAUGUAACUGCUGGUGAAAUGUGGUGUUCAAUGAAGAUAAAUCUAAAUUAUUGGUCGUAGGUUGAUCAGCCAGCCUCAACAUCAAAGUGGAAAUGCCCCAAGUGGACGACUUGACUUUUGUUGGCUAGUAUAAUGUCAUUUAAACAACUCCCACAAUGCAAAUUACACCUUAAAAUAGGAGUCUGAUUUUGUAGCUGAAUUUCUCUUGAUAUUUGAAGCAAUUGUUUAUUUAAAAUUUAGUUUUCUUAUUGUGGAAUUUCUACCAGAUGCCUUUUUUUUUUUUUUUGUGUGUGUGUAUGUUGAAAGAAAUAAAUGGCAGUCGGACUAUUCUAUGAGAUUAAAAUGUUCAAUCAAUUUUCAGUUAUUGGUCUUGAAGUUUAGAUAGAGCUUCUGAGAAUCUGUGUUAGAUAGUAAUGAUGAGCAUUAAACAACAAAAUCCUUCAUAAAUAUGGGAAGGACCUUGAAUAAAAAAUAAACAGAAAAAAGCAUGAAAUGAUAUUAAGGUUCUGCAGGAAUCAAGUUUUGAGUGGGAUCAACAAGAGAAUCAUUGAGAUUCUCUUGUUUUAUGAUACAGUGAAACUGAUGUAGCAUUGGUAACCUACAGUCUUCUCAACUAGAGUUAUGAAUAUUAUUGGUUCUGAUUCCGAGAGUGAAGUUUUGGAGAAUUGGGUCACGGGAGAACUUAGAAUGUGUCUAUGAGUUAAAGAAUAGGUUUGAAAUAGUAGGUUUAGCUGUUUAGGGUAUAAAUUAGAGAAGGGGGAUCUUAGAAUUUGGAAUUCAAUGAAAAACCUUGAAGGGAUGAAUAUUUUGGAAAGACAUGGGUGCGGUUGGGGAAAGAGGGAUUAUUCUAGCCUAAGUUGGCUUGGAAAUUCCUACUAAGUAGUCACUCAAUUUUGGCUUUUAAAUAGAUUAAAGGCUACUCAUUCUGGGAAUAAACUGAGAUCUGUAAAUCCAAAUUCCUAGAAUAUAAUUAAAUUGAGUAGACUCUAUCCCUGAUGAAAUUAUUAGACUUAAAAUUUUAAACAUGAUCUUGUUGCCCCAACAUAGGAGCACGGAGAUCGACAUGGAAAUAUCCAUGGCUCAGUAGCUAUCCAUUUUUGUUAUCAGUCUGCAAACCAUACCUUGGAAAGCUCCAAUAUGGUUCGUACUCAUCAUUUGGUCCUGGUUCCUGCUCCACAUCUUGUAUUCGUACCUAAAGAGCAUUGAAGGGAGCAUCUUACUGAUUGUUAAAAGCUUUGGCUUUCCCUAGAAGCAAACAAAUGUUUCAACCAUUGGUACCUUGACAACCUGAGACCUAAAAUAUGACCUGUGAAGUUUUUUUUCCCCUUGUCAGAUUUUGAAGCUGAACCCCGAAUUGUGUUUAAAUCUUGUGAUUUCAAAAGAGACUUAACUUGUUGCAGCUGCUCAUUGGCUGAAAGUUCAAGUUCGGAGAUGUUGAAGUAGCUUAACCUCAAAUUUAAAAUAUUUCCCUUCGGACUUUGUUGAAAUCUGAAACUGUCACUAAUUUGUGCAGUGAAUAUGUGCUGUGUUAGCAUCUAUUUGUUAAAAGUCACAUGAUACUUUUUGUUUGAAAUGCACUGAGCACAGAAUCUCUUGGGAGAACAAUUUGAAUUAAAUUAGAACUGGAGAGUGCAGAAGAUGAAUAGCAGUGUGAACAUCCUUAGAGGAGUAUUAUGAUAAUUUGAUUAGAAAGAGGUUAAUUAGGUAACUCUUGGAUAUGCGGAGACUGCCCUUGUGACGAGGUCUUUAUUAUGGGAAUUUCCCUUGUAAAUCAGAGUCAGAGUCUGAUGAUUUUCUACAAAUAAGAGUGAAGAUGGGUGAUACUGUAUUUGUGAGGAAUACUUUUCUACUUUUGUAUGAGGGCGUUGGGGUGAGCGUACUUACAAAGAUGAUGAAAUACAUAUAGAGAACUGGGACAUUGGAUACUUAAUGAAGAGCCUGGAGGCAGGAUCUGCGGCUUUAGAAAAUAUUAGAUGAUAUGCAGUUCUGACCUCAAACACUCUAUGCAGACUAAACUUCAUGAAGGCACAGUGCACAUUCUUUUUCUCCAAUCAACAUAUUAGAGUUUAUGCUUGAUGAUGGAGUAUUUUCUGUGAAGGAAAAAGUUAGAGUAAUUGCCAAGGUAAUGCAAGUCCUUAUUCCUGCAUAGAUUUUGCAUUUGUUCAAAUUUGGUUGUUAAAUCAACUAUGUUGUUUCUUGGGAAAAGCACAAGGAAAACAGUUCUCAAGGAGGCCUGUGAUCAGAUUCAGAUAAUUCUUCAGUCAGCCAUGGUAGUUAGAUUACAGAAAUGUGGAGUUCAGCUAGGGGGAAAAGUCUUGGAGGCCAUGGCUGUUCAUGUUGACAAUUUAACUUCAAGAAAGAAGUCAAUGUUGUCAACUUGUGUGUGUUGUUGAGUUUCUUAUUUAGUGGGUCUUGUAAGAUAUACCUUUAUUUUGCAUUAGAGAUGGUCUUACUGAGUGUAGAGAUCAAACCCAAUAUAUCUAAAGCAUAAGUUUUAUA